AUGGAGCGGCAGGGCCAGCGCCCCGACAGUGCCCUGUCCUGGGGAGGCCGGGACCACAUGGACGGGCAGAUCCUGGGCCAGCUGUGCCCCCUGGCAGAGGAGGAGGAGGAAUAUGGGGCCGGGGACGCCCCAUCCGCGAGGCCCGCCUUCCCGGGGAUGGGCUCCGAGGAGCUGCGGCUGGCCUCCUUCUGCGACUGGCCGCUGAGCGCCGUGGUGCCGCCGGAGCUGCUGGCCGCCGCCGGCUUCUUCCACGCCGGCCAGCAGGACAAGGUGAGGUGUUUCUUCUGCUACGGGGGUCUGCAGAGCUGGGAGCAAGGCGACGACCCCUGGACCGAGCAUGCCAGGUGGUUCCCCAGGUGUGAGUUCCUGCUCCAGAAAAAAGGAAGGGACUUUGUCUGCAGGGUCCAGGAGUCUUGUUGCCGCGUGCCGGGCUCCUGGGACCGUUCAGAGGAACCAGAAGACGCAGUUCCCGCCACCCCCUCAGAUGCUGGGGGCGACCAGCAGCGGCCCGCCUGGAGCCAGUGCCCAGCAGUGCAGGCCGUGCUCCGGAUGGGCUUCGGGCAGGGCCAGGUGCAAGGGCUGCUGCAGCGUAAGUACCGCCAAGUGGUGCCAACCAGCGUGUCCACGUCGCAGCUGGUGGCCGACCUGCUCCAGGAAGAGGAUGGGGGCCGGGCAGCAGGGGCCAGAGCUCCUGUCCACCCAGGGCCCAAGCUGCCCACGUCCAGCAGAGAGGCCCAGGUGUCAGGCACCAGGGAGGCAGUACAGAGGGUGGAGGUCAGGGUGUGGGGCGAUGUCACAGGUCCCCACUGUGGAGACCCAGGUGGAGCCCAGGCCGAGGGGGUGCAGGUGGCUCUCGAGGCCCCAGGAGCCCGGGACGCCGGCGUGGAGAUGCAGCUGCAGCGCCUGCGCGAGGAGCGGACGUGCAGGGUGUGCUUGGACCGUGCUGUGGCCGUCGUCUUCGUGCCCUGCGGCCACCUGGCCUGUGCCGAGUGCGCGCCCAGCCUGCAGCUGUGCCCCAUCUGCAGGGCCCCCAUCCACAGCUGCGUGCGCACCUUCCUGUCCUAG